CGGCUUCUUGGAUCUCAGCAGGAUGGCAGAAAAGCUGAAGACGACCAAGAUCAUCUUUGUGGUGGGUGGGCCUGGCUCAGGGAAGGGCACCCAGUGUGAGAAGAUUGUCCAGAAGUAUGGCUACACCCACCUGUCCACUGGGGACCUCCUGCGGGCCGAGGUCAGCUCAGGCUCAGCCAGGGGCAAGAUGCUGUCGGAGAUCAUGGAGAAGGGACAGCUGGUACCACUGGAGACAGUUUUGGACAUGCUCCGAGAUGCCAUGGUGGCCAAAGUUGACACUUCCAAAGGCUUCCUGAUUGACGGCUACCCACGGGAGGUGCAGCAGGGAGAAGAGUUUGAGCGAAGGAUUGGUCAGCCCACGCUGCUGCUGUAUGUGGACGCAGGGGCUGAGACCAUGACCAAACGGCUCCUGAAGCGUGGCGAGACUAGUGGGCGUGUCGACGACAAUGAGGAGACCAUCAAGAAGCGACUGGAGACCUAUUACAAGGCCACAGAACCUGUCAUCGCCUUCUAUGAGAAACGGGGCAUUGUGCGCAAGGUCAAUGCUGAAGGCACCGUGGACAAUGUCUUCUCCCAGGUCUGCACUCAUCUGGACGCCCUGAAGUAGCCAAACCUGGAGACUCUUCCCCAGCUCAGAGUCCCACCCCAUCCUUGUCUGACUCCAGGCUGCUCUGGCCCGAGCCCAGUGCCUCCACCCUGCCCAGCUGGAGCACAGACAGAGGAAGCUACUUUAUCCUGUUUUCAUGGACAGCCGAGCACUAAAGGAAUUUCCAAGGACA